GUGAAAUUUUUAAUAUAUAUAUAUAUAUAUAUAUGUGGAGCUGAUGCGGACAUAUCCCACGGUAUAUCGAGACGUGAAAUUGAUUUCUUACCCUAAUGGAUUUGACAAGCUUUGUUGAGAUUAAUAAAGAAAGUCUAUUACAAUAUAAUAAUGUCUAGUGGAUCGGAGUGAUAAAGCCUUAAUUAAAUAAAUUGACCUAAAAAGCGAUGCACUCACUAAUUGUUUCUUAGCAUUUCUAAAACACUCUUAAGAUGUGAUUACUAUAUAAGUAUUCCUCCCCAAGUCAACUAUAUAUUCAUUUCUAUUCUGGAAUAACCAUUCACCCCCAAAGUACGCAAUAUAUAUUAUAUAUUUAUAGGGUGAAUAACAUAUUAUAUAUAUGUGUGUGAGUAAUUCUGCCACAUUGAAGCGUCAUUUACCUAGUUUUAUUUCAAGCAAAAGUAAGUAGUCCAACUUCUAAUUAAAGUGUUUAUAAAAUAAAGUGAUGUCAAGAUCAUGAAUGACAUUUAUAUAUAUUAUGUAUUAAUUCAUGAACCUGAGAUAACGAAAACUACCACUUUCAAUAGAAACGGGCAUAUAUACACUGCGACUUAUUUGACCACCACCUAAAAACGCGAUUUUACAACCAGAGAAGCAAUUAAAAGUAUGUCUUUACAGCUUUAACUUCAUCAUCAAAGAGCUGUGAUCACUCCCUUCCAAACCCUAAUCUCUUCAUCCAUAACUGGUUUGCACUUGGUUCACUCUCUUCUCUUCACUACUUCACUCUACAACUAACUUAACUCCCCCCAUAAAAUGGCUUCGAUCUCAUCCUCUCCUUCAUCAAACUCACACACAUCUCUCCUCAAACCUCUAAUUCUCAUUAUCAAUAUAUAUGCCAGGAACCUCCAAAGAAAAUGGUGGCCGCCACCCUUUGUACAAGGGAGUGAGACAACGAAAGAACUCAGACAAAUGGGUGUCCGAGAUACGUGAGCCGAGAACACCUAACCGUAUCUGGUUAGGAACAUUCUCGACCCCGGAGAUGGCGGCAAUAGCCUAUGAUGUGGCUGCUCUAGCACUCAAAGGAACUCAAACUGAACUCAACUUUCCAAACUCAGCUUCAUCUUUCCCUGUCCCAGCCACCAUGUCUCCACGAGACAUCCAAGCCGCAGCCGCUUCAGCCGCCGCUGCUUUUGGUGCUGCUAGGGAUGCCAUUGUCAUGACCAAUAACAACAGCGCAACAAGCAGUGUGGAACGGAGUAACGUGAUGAUGAUGAAUGGUAGUUAUGAGGAUACAUAUGGAUUCAUGGACGAGGAUUUCAUAUUUGACAUGCCUAAUAUGCUCAUGAACAUGGCUGAAGGAAUGCUUCUCAGCCCGCCUCGUCAACCUACCUUUGAUGCUGCUUCCGACGGUUAUGGUUACACAGGGGCAGACGAUUACUUGUGGAGUUUUCCUUGAUAACUAAACUAAUCAACCAUAUUAUAUAUAUAUAUAUAUAAGUAUGUGAGUGUGUACUGUUUAUAUAUAUUAUCUAUAUGUAUGUACGAAAUAAGGAAACAGUGUCUAGUGAUGCAUUGCAUUGCAUGCACGGUUAGGCCCCGUUAAGACGGUCAGAUAAGGUCGUACUGUAUUAAAGUUUUUGCCUUAAGAUUAUUGUCUUACAAUCUAGUCAUGAUGUAAAUUAAUUCCAAAUGUUAUCGCAGUCAAUGCCUUGAGCGAUACUACUUUGUUUAGUUUACAGAUGGAUAAUUUUUUCAUAAGGCUUGGCAUCAAACAGUUGUUGAUAUAACUGAUGUUUGUAAUAUAUACUUCCUAUAAUCCAAAGCUAAUUUCACAGAAGUAUGAAAACAAUUUGCACCGUAACCCAUUUCGAGUGUGCUUGUGAAAGUGAAUGUAAAAAAAAAAAUCACGUAAUGGUCACCAAUGCUAUGGAAUGAUUCUAGUUGCAACAUAUAUUAAUGGACCACCACAUCAUAUCUCUUCAUGGUAAUUCAAAUUUCGAUAUAGUUUGAAUUUUGGCCUAGAAAAUUUUGAUGAAAAUAUAAUUUUUUGAACCGUAUUAUUAUUUAUUUUUGUUACCUAAGUAACUUGGAGAAUGAACUUGAGCAUUGCAUAUAUAUAUUAUAUAUAUAGCCCUAGCAAACAGAUAAAGAAAAUAUUUGCAAAUAACUCGAGGUCGACGAUACAUAGAUAGUUAGAAGAAUGAAAAGAUGCUAAAUGGGUUUGGUGAGGAUAGCACACAAGUUGAUUGUGGAUAGGAGUCAUAAUCGAAUCAUAACCUUGCUGAUUUUUUAUAUGUAGUUUUCUUUCUACAUUAAUUAAUGCUUUUAUUAAAAGUCUUUUCGAGACAUAGAUGUGUUAAGUCUAACCUUAUAUUGACCAGUUAAAAUGAUCCAUUCCACAUUUUUAUAUUUUUUUAUUAAAUAAAGACUUAGAAACCUUCAAUGAAAAUAUCUAACAUGGGUAUUUUAUAAUAAAAAAAUUGAAAAUAAUCAAACCUAAAGAAAAAAAGAAAAGAAGGAAGUUCCAAAUUAACAGUUUUGAAGAACUUCGUUGGAAACUCAGGGUACACUUGUCAUUUUGUGAUUGAAGUAAUUAUAUUUUUUAGAUUAAAAUUUAGUUAAACAAUUAAUUUAUAUUUAAAAAUUUAGUUAAAAAAUUAAUUUAUAUUAAAAUAUUAAUUUAUUUAUUUUUGCUUAAGAACUUUUUAAAGUUUUUAACCAUUGUGGCUGCUCUUACGUACGUAACAUUUUGGUAUUUGACCUAAUAUAAAUCUGGAAGACUCCGAAGUAGUAAAUUUAAUAAAAUCGGAAAGCAAACGGAAAUACUUUAGUUAUUCUACCAAAAGAGUUGAUAACAUUUUAUUAGUUAAGUACUACUUUUUUUUCUUUUUUUUUGCAUACUGCUGCUAGAAUCGAAUUCCUAAAGUUUUGAAUUUGUUUUCGUGCACUGGAGAAGCUUGUCAACUACACAAAACAAAAAAAUUGCUAAAACAAAAAUAACUUCUUUAACUUAACACUUGACAAAAUUAUAACACUUUUAUAUGUAUGGAAGAAAUUGAUGCAUACACAUUACACAUGCACAUGUACGAAAGGUCUAAAUAUAUUUCAACUAUAUGGGCCUUUUGAAAUUUAAUAGCAAUCCAAGUAGCCCACAAGAAAAAUGAUGAGCAAUGGAUAUUUAAGUCUUGUUGGUUGGAGAUGAAUGAAUGAAUUCAAAGGUUGGUACUUCUUUUACUUCUUCUGUUCAUUAGCUUCUCCUCCCACCAAGAUGUUAACCGUACGUACUUUGAACCUCUGAAGCUUUACGAUGGCCUCCUCGACUAGACUGCCCUCUCGAGAGCGCGUCAUGUGAUUAUUAACGCGCAUGUCAACCUUAGAACGCUCGUGAUCUUGAAUCAUCCCUUGAAUCUCUUCACGACAACUUGUCUGGUCUGUAGGAUUAGAGAACGGUGUUUUGUUGCUUAUUAAUACGCUCGUGAAAAUAGAAAAUGUGACAAAUAACAAUUUUGAAAGCAGUAGAAGGGAA